GAGAGGGAGAGGCGUCACAGAGGUUCUCAGUCCCAACCAAAAAAAAAAACCAUUGACGUGCAAGCCAUCUCCCCCACUCUCCCUCGCUGGACCAAGCUUCUCCAAAGGCCAGCAGGUCCACAGGCCACACAAACUUCUAGCCAGCGACACUUGCGUCUUGCCAACACGCUCUUUUCUCCCAAGCACUCCCUUCUCUUCCAUUGUUUCGACACAUUUCCCAACCGUUUCCUUCGUCUGCGAGCCCCAGAGCGACCAAUGGCUCUGGGCUCGACCGCCACACACCGAUAAACGAUGCCGCCGCGCAACAGCCCCAAGCCCAAGGGCAAGACGCGAGACUCGACGACGCCGCAAGCACCGCCCGCCGCAGAAUACAAUGCCAUAGCCGAGCAAUGGACCAGGGCGAAGCGAGCCAAGGAAGACGCCGACGCCGACGCCGACGCCGACGCCGACGCCGCAGCCGCCGCGCUUCCGACAGAGCGGGAUCGGGCCCCCGCCCUGGAAACGCGCCGCGAGGAGCUCAACCAGCAGCGACGCAAGUCGUACGAGCGGCGCUGGCGCUGGACCGUCGCCUUCUGGGUCUGGCUGCUGGCGAUACACGCGGUUGGCGUCUGGCUCUUCACCGGCGGCUUCCUCCUGACGCGGCUGGUGCUCGAGGACAAGUCCAGCUGCGCCGAGCCGCCCAUCGACAGCAAGCUGGCGCCGCUCAGCGCCGACGGCGGAUGCUGGCACCCAAAGACGUUUGACCGAGCCGUCGUCGUCGUCAUCGAUGCCCUGCGAUACGACUUUACGGUCCCCGAGCGCGACGCGAGCAAGACGCACGAGUUCCACAACGCGUUCCCCUUCCUCUACGAGGCGGCCGUGGCGUCGCCGCGAAACGCGUUCUUGCGGCCCUUCAUCGCCGACCCGCCGACGACGACGCUGCAGCGACUCAAGGGCCUGACCACGGGGACGCUGCCGACCUUUAUCGACGCGGGAAGCAACUUUGCGGGCACGGCCAUUGACGAGGACAACCUGCUCCUGCAGCUGCGUGGCUCGGGCAAGAAGAUUGCGCAUCUGGGAGACGAUACGUGGUGGGUAUUGUUCCCGGACUACUUUGAGCCCAACAUCUCCAAGGCGUACGACAGCUUCAACGUCUGGGACCUGCACACCGUCGACAAUGGCGUCAUCGACAACAUUUUCCCGCUGAUGGAGUCCAGGGCCAAGGGCGACUGGGACUUGCUCAUCGGCCACUGCCUGGGUGUGGACCACGCCGGACACAGGUACGGACCGGACCAUCCCGCCAUGAACGCCAAGCUGCGACAGAUGGACGACUUCGUCCGCAAGCUCGUCGCGUCCAUGGACGACGACACGCUUUUGGUGGUCAUGGGCGAUCAUGGCAUGGACGGCAAGGGAGAUCACGGUGGGGAGAGCGACGAUGAGGUCGAAGCCGCGCUGUGGAUGUAUUCGAAGAGGCCCGUCUUUGGCCGGACGCUCCCCGAGUAUGCGGCGCCCCCGGCCACGGCCAAGACCCGUCCCGUCAACCAGAUCGACCUUGUCCCGACGCUGGCUCUCCUGCUCGGCAUCCCGAUCCCGUACAACAGCCUGGGUCACCCGAUCGAGGAGGCCUUUGCGGGCCCGAAGGGCAAUGACUGGGCCAACCUGGCCGCCGUCUCGCGCAUGGCGUCCGCUGGCAUCGAACGGUAUCAAAAGAAGUACUUUGACGCCCGCGGCAUCGCGCAGGGCUCCGCCCCUGGGUCUCCAUCUGCGCUGUGGACAGACGCCAACGUCGGCGGCAUGUCCCCCAAGGACACGUACGGCGCGUUUGUCAGGUUUCAGGAAGAGACGCUGCGCGUGUGCAAGGACCUGUGGGCGCGGUUCGACGUCCCGCGCAUGGUUGCUGGCGUCGUCGUCACCGCGGCCGGCGUGCUGCUGCUCGUCAUGUACGCCUCUCGAAGCGACGACGUCGAAUACAUUGUCAUGAACGACGUGGAGCUUGACUACGCCGAGAAACAGCUCGAGCUGAUGGACUUCAAGGGCAAGGCCGAGCCUCACGUCGACCAAUACUACCAUCGGGACAUGCUGCGUGGCCUGUGGAGUGCUCGCUUCCUCCUCAUUGUCGGCACGCUCAUCUUCGCGGCUGUGUACCGUCAGCAGCCGAUGGACGGGCUCGCGGCGCUCGUCAUGCUCCUUAUGCUGACCUCGGUUGGGUCGUCCAUACACGACUGCGGCAAGACGCUCACCAACCUCGUGCCGCGCAACUUCUGGGGCUGGCUGUCGGUAAUCUUUACCGUCAGCCACUCGAUAGGGUUUGCGUCCAACUCGUACACAAUCUGGGAGGAUUCGAUUCUCCUCUUUUUCAUCGCCACAUUCGGCGUGGCCUCCAUAAUCGCCUCGUUCCGCAUCGAGUCCAAGGUGGACCGCACCAUGGCCAUCUAUCACUCGAUAGCCUUCGUCGUUCUGGGCCGACUGGCCUCCUACUCCAAGCUCUGCCGGGAGGAGCAGAUGCCGUACUGCACCUCGACCUACUACGCCUCCGUCACAUCCUCCACCUCUGCAACCUGGCAGCUCGCCAUUCCUUUCCUUGUCUUCAUUGCCCUCCCUACCAUCAUCAAAUCUUUCCUCGUGCCGACACGGUCGUAUGAGGGCUUGGCGCCGACGUGGAUUGGGUACGUCUUCCGCGUCGGGCUCUUGAUGUCGGCGCUGUACUGGGUCGUCGAUGCCGCCGACAACGGCGAUUGGCUUGCCGGCAAGCUCCCCGAGAAGACGCUCAAGACCAUCGGCGUCUACACGGCCCAGCUGGGCUUGGCCCUCGCACUCGUUGCCGGCACCACCGCGUUUGUGUGGUCGCCGCCCUGCGUCUCGAUCGUGUCGACGACUUCGCGGACGGGCCAGGCGCGCGUCGCCAUCCUGGGGUACGCCAACGCCCUCGGCGCGCGGUACCUCAUGCUGCCCCUCAACAUCCUCGGCGCGUGCCUCCUCCUGUCCAAGCCCAUGGGCUCGGGGGCCCUCACGCUCAUGCUCUGGCAGGUGCUGUCGCUCGUCGAGGUGCUCGACCUCAACGGCCUCAAGACGGAGACCAUCGGCCCCGUCAUGCUCGCCGUGCUGGGCAACUUUUACUUCUUCAAGACGGGCCACCAGGCGGUGCUGUCGAGCAUCCAGUGGGACAGCGCCUUCAUCCCGCUCUUCGGCGUCCGCUACCCGUGGACGCCGCUCGUCGUGGCGCUCAACACGUUCGCGGGGCAGAUCGUCGCGGCGGCGUGCGUGCCGCUCGUCGCGCUGUGGAAAACGGGGCCCAAGCAGAGGGGCGUGCUCGAGACGGUGGCGCGCGCGGCGGGCGUCUUCGUCGCCUACUUUGCCGUCGAAGCCCUCGCCACCAUGUGCUGGGCCGGCUGGCUGCGGCGUCACCUCAUGCUGUACCGCGUCUUCAACCCGAGGUUCAUGCUCGCGGCGGUGCUUCUCCUGGUGCUCGACCUCGUGGUCCUCGCGGUGACGCUGACGGGCGUGCGGAGCAACACGCUGUCCAUCAGUGAGGUGUUUGGUUGGGCGGAUUAGCAGCAGAUAAGACCGAGUUUCUGUUACGCGUCCCCCCCCCCUUUUCUCUCCUGGUGUCUAGAAUUUCGCGCAUAUAAAGCCGUGUUGUAUUUUUUUUCUUCCUUGGCGUUGUGGAGCGAUAGUGUGCGUGUGUGAUUUGGGAUGAGGCGGGCGGCGAGCGCUGUCGGGGCUGCUACUGGUUUGGAAUGAGAGAGGGGAGAAGGAGGGGGAGGCAUGCAUGCUGUGUAUCUAUCGCUCUGACGGAUUAUCUGGAUAUAUCCAACCCGCCUUGCGCCAUGACAAUAACCGAGUCCCAUGACAAUGUCUGCUUCGCCAAGCCACGCCGCCUCUGUCAGUCCGAGUAUGUAUAUCUCUGUAUAUAUAUAAAUACAUAAAAGGGCAUGUCAGUCAGUCAGUCCAUCGUCUCCAUCUCCGCCGUGCCCUUGACCGCCAGGCCCCCAUCCGGGCCCUCCACCCACACGUCCCAGGAGGAGGAGGAGGAGGAGGAGCCGGGGCCGGCGGCGGCGGGCCGGCGCACGCACACCGUCAUGGGC